CAGAUCUUAGGUGUUUUUGAACGUUCUGAAGCAUUCAUUUCAUUGCUUACAACCAAAGAAAGGAGGUAGAGAUGAAACUACAACUUGGAAAAUCGACAAUUACGAAGAAAUUGCACCCAAAAUAUGCUGUUGGAAUUCCGGUUAGUUCAGGAGUAACAAGACUUUUACCAGAUCCGGCUGGCCAAUACAGUGUUACGCCUUCUCCUUCCAAUGAAUACUUCAAAAUUAGAAAGAGCAGAGCAAGUUCAGUAAUCCCUGGGAUGAACAAAUUUGGAGAAUGGAUGUACAAUUUUGCUCAAGGAUUCCGAGAGCAUGUGAAAUUGGGACCCAGGUUCACUGUAACUUUGAAAGGGAAGUUAAGGCUUGGAGCAAGAAUCCUUCAGGUAGGCGGAGUGGAAAAAGUUUUCAAGCUAAACUUCAAUGUUAGCAACGGCGAAAAGCUUUUAACGGCCUCUCAAUGCUAUUUAUCGACCACAGCUGGACCGAUGGCAGGCCUCCUGUUUAUUUCCACUGAUAAAAUUGCCUUCUGUAGUGAAAGAUCAAUCAAACUCUCUUCUCCAACUGCAAAACCGCUUAAAAUACAUUACAAGGUUAUAGUCCCCCUGGAGAAAAUAAAGAGAGCCAAUGAAAGUGAAAAUGCCAAAAAACCAAGGCAAAAGUAUGUGCAGAUAGUCACCGAGGACAAGUUCGAGUUCUGGUUCAUGGGAUUUCUAAAUCAUCAAAAAGCAUUCAAGUAUCUGAAGCAGGCAACCGUUCAAAGUCCAUCAGUAACAACUAUUGAUGCACGGAUGAUCUCUCCAUAGAACCUAAACAUACAGUCACAGCAUAUCUGUAAAUUUUUGUAACUAUUGUAAUGUUGAUUGUAAAUACAUUGUGCAAUUUUGAAAGUAAAAUGUUAUUCAAAGAUGCGGGGGACACCAUGUG